UUUGCAACGCUCCCAGUUCUUAAGUUAGUACGUAACUGGAGCACGACAGUGAAGAAAUUUUGUCUUUCUCUAUCGUUGUUCGGAAGUUUUAAAUACAACCAAAAUGAGGGAAAUCGUGCACUUGCAGGCCGGCCAGUGUGGAAACCAAAUUGGAGCUAAGUUCUGGGAGGUAAUAAGCGACGAACAUGGCAUCGACCCGUCAGGGACAUACCAUGGCGACAGCGACCUGCAGCUGGAGCGAAUCAACGUGUAUUACAACGAGGCAUCAGGUGGCAAGUAUGUCCCCCGUGCAGUGCUGGUGGACUUGGAGCCAGGCACAAUGGACUCUGUGAGGUCUGGUCCCUUUGGCCAGAUCUUUAGACCAGACAACUUUGUCUUUGGCCAGAGCGGAGCAGGUAAUAACUGGGCUAAAGGCCACUACACUGAGGGAGCUGAGCUGGUGGACUCAGUCCUGGAUGUGGUGAGAAAGGAGGCGGAGAGCUGCGACUGCCUGCAGGGCUUCCAGCUCACACACUCCCUAGGAGGAGGCACCGGCUCCGGCAUGGGCACGCUGCUCAUCAGCAAAAUCCGAGAGGAGUAUCCCGACCGCAUCAUGAACACUUACAGCGUGGUGCCGUCCCCCAAGGUGUCAGACACAGUGGUGGAGCCGUACAAUGCUACCCUCUCCGUCCACCAGCUGGUGGAGAACACAGAUGAGACAUUCUGCAUUGAUAAUGAGGCACUGUAUGACAUCUGCUUCCGCACACUAAAGCUCACCACGCCCACCUACGGUGACCUCAACCACCUCGUCUCAGCCACCAUGAGCGGGGUGACCACCUGCCUGCGCUUCCCCGGCCAGCUCAAUGCUGAUUUGAGGAAACUGGCCGUCAACAUGGUGCCCUUCCCCAGGCUGCACUUCUUCAUGCCGGGCUUCGCCCCGCUGACUAGCCGAGGCAGCCAGCAGUACAGGGCAUUGACGGUUCCUGAACUCACUCAGCAGAUGUUCGACGCCAAGAACAUGAUGGCUGCCUGCGACCCGCGGCACGGGCGCUACCUCACAGUUGCCGCCAUCUUCCGAGGCCGCAUGUCCAUGAAGGAGGUGGACGAGCAGAUGCUGAACGUGCAGAACAAGAACAGCAGCUACUUUGUGGAGUGGAUCCCAAACAACGUCAAGACGGCCGUCUGCGACAUCCCUCCCCGAGGCCUCAAGAUGGCCGCCACCUUUAUUGGCAACAGCACGGCCAUCCAGGAGCUGUUCAAGCGCAUCUCAGAGCAGUUCACUGCCAUGUUCCGCCGCAAAGCCUUCCUCCACUGGUACACGGGCGAGGGCAUGGAUGAGAUGGAGUUCACGGAGGCUGAGAGCAACAUGAACGACCUGGUGUCCGAGUACCAGCAAUACCAGGACGCCACUGCUGAGGAAGAGGGCGAGUUCGAGGAAGAGGGCGAAGAGGACUUGGCCUAGACUCCUACCACGGCCUUUUUCUCACUGCAACAGUUAGUUAGGGCUUGGUCAAUAUGGUUCAUAUAAGUCAUUGUAGAAUUUUUGAUGAUUGGCUUUCAAUCGUUUUGACAACAAUUAAAAGUAAUUUUGAUUCUGCUGAAAGUCACAAUGAAAACAUUGAUAUCUUGUCCAGCCUUGUUUUUUAUAUGUUGUCUGUUCUGUUUUCACACGUUCUUUUUCCUGUUCCUUUUUCCUGUUUCUUGUGUUCUCUUUUUCAAGCUGCAGGUUUUAUUUAAGAUAAAAGAACAAAACACUGACCAGUUCAGGGCACUCCUUCCUGAAUUAGAAAAUUAGUCCAUUUGAUAUGGAGCAUAGUUCUUUAGGAUAAAACAACACCUUGCAAUAACUCUCAGGUACUGGUCACUGCUGCAAUACUGCUGGUGUUCUUGUAAUGGGAUGUCGUUGACAUCAAAUGUAGAGAUGUUUUUGAAUAAAGAUUUAUGGUUUGGUGCUA